GUAUCUGUUGCGCCGCCCGCCUGGCACGGUCGCUCGUAGCGCCAGUCGCCGUCGCUGCACCUUCGCCGUCGGGUUGAUUCACGUGCAAAUAUUUUUCCGCUGUUAAGAACACGUGACGUGCAACCGUUUCCUGUAAAAAUCCGCAUCAGCCGGAUAUGAAUAAUUAUUACCGACGCCUCUGAACUGCAGAGGAUGUUUUGAAUGGCAGUUUUGUUUACUUGAGUAUUGUGCGUUACUUUUAAGUGUAAAGUGCAAGUGCAGUGAAGAGUUAGUGAGCGAAGACAGUCACCGGGCUGAGAUGACCGGCUGGGUCCGCUAGAUCGAUCCCGCCUCAACGGCGCGCCUGGCUACAGUGACAAAGGUGGAGUGCGCAAGGUGCGCGCCGCGGGGGGAUGCCCGUGCGCAAGGGGCUUCUCGCGCCCCAAAACACCUUCCUAGAUACUAUCGCCACACGCUUCGAUGGCACACACAGCAACUUCGUCUUGGGCAACGCUCAGGUACCUGCUUACCCGAUCGUGUACUGCUCAGACGGGUUUUGCGAGUUGACGGGCUGGGCGCGCGCGCACAUCAUGCAGAAGGGUUGCGCGUGCAAGUUCCUCCACGGGCCUGACACAAGGGAAGAACACCGGCACGAAAUCGACGCCGCACUAGACUCUAAGCACGAGCUCAAACUAGAGCUCAUUUUCUAUAAGAAAAAUGGUACUCCAUUCUGGUGUUUGCUCGACAUCGUCCCAAUUAAAAAUGAGAAGCGUGAAGUGGUUUUGUUCCUUGCCUCCUUCAAAGACAUCACUAAUACCAAGAUGGCCGCCAUGAACACUAACGAGGACUUUGACAGCGGAGCCGCGGUGCGGCCAUCGGCUGGCGUGGUCACUCUAGCGUUAUCCCCAUUUGUACCCGCAGCGGCACUCUUGGGCGCCAGGUUCCGCGCUGAAUCUAGUUGCCUACUUCCAGACCCGAAUGGAAAUCUUGACCCCGAAGCGCCCUCGCCCGCAAACAUGGGCAGGCGGCGCUCAAGGGCCGUACUAUACCAGCUUUCAGGACACUAUAAGCCAGAUAAGAUGAAGAGUAAACUAAAACUCAACAAUGUUAGUAAGAACCUACUUCAUUCAUCGGAUCCACCACUACCCGAAUACAAGACGUCAGCGGUAAAGAAGUCCCGAUUUAUAAUAUCACAUUAUGGCGUUUUUAAAACGUUUUGGGAUUGGCUCAUUCUCAUAGCGACUUUUUAUGUAGCGGUAGUGGUUCCAUAUAACGCCAGUUUUGUAGAUGAGGGCCACCCAAGAAUAAGCGUGACCAGCGAUGUGGUAGUUGAAGCUUUAUUUAUUGUCGAUAUAGUGCUUAAUUUCCGUACGACGUUCGUCAGUAAGAAGGGCGAAGUGGUGUCUGAUUCUAAGGCGAUAGCUCUUAAUUACAUCCGUACAUGGUUUGUCGUGGAUCUCCUGGCUGCCCUCCCCUUUGACCUACUUUAUGCUUCAGACGUAUACAGUGGAGCUGAAUCAACGCAUGGAAACGUUCACUUAGUGAAACUGACAAGACUUCUUCGUUUGGCGCGAUUGCUGCAGAAGAUGGACCGGUAUUCGCAGUACUCAGCUUUAAUACUGACGCUGCUUAUGCUUUCUUUCACACUUGUCGCCCAUUGGCUCGCUUGCAUAUGGUUCAUCAUCGCUGAAAAAGAAAUAGCGUUCCACAAAAAUGAAAGUUGGGACUUAGGCUGGAUAAAUAAUUUGGCGGAACGGCUCAAAGUGCCGAUUCCGAAUAUCUCUCACAGCGAGAGUUACGUCACAGCAUUAUAUUUUACCUGUUCUUCGCUGACCAGUGUUGGCUUCGGAAACGUGUCAGCUAAUACCCUGCCAGAGAAAAUCUUCAGUAUACUCACUAUGUUGGUUGGAGCACUAAUGCAUGCAGUCGUCUUCGGUAAUGUAACAGCUAUAAUACAAAGAAUGUACUCCCGUCGGUCCAUGUAUCAAAGCAAAUGGCGAGACCUAAAAGACUUCCUGACUAUCAAUCAGGUUCCGAAGGAGCUAAAGCAACGCAUGCAGGACUAUUUCCAGACAAUGUGGUCUUUAAACCAUGGUAUUGAUAUACACGAGACUUUGAAAGAAUUCCCGGAGGAGCUCAGAGGGGACGUAUCACUGCAUUUGCACCGAGAAAUAUUGUCACUUCCGAUAUUCGAGUCGGCGUCACAGGGCUGCCUCAAGUUGCUAUCGUUACACAUCCGAAACAACUUUUGCGCGCCUGGAGAAUACUUAGUUCAUAAAGGUGAUGCUCUUACUUACAUUUACUAUAUAUGCAAUGGAUCAAUGGAAGUUAUGCAAAACGACAUGGUAGUCGCUAUACUCGGCAAAGGGGAUUUAGUGGGCUGCGAUAUGAAUACACAUUUGCAAGCUUACAAUGGGACAGGACAAAACCAGAGUAAUAAUCCGGACAUUGUUGUAAAAUCGAGCAGUGAUGUCAAGGCUCUAACUUACUGUGAUUUAAAAUGCAUUCAUAUGGGAGGGCUAGCUGAAGUCCUAAGGCUAUAUCCUGAAUACCAGCAAGAAUUCAUUCAUGAUAUCCAACAUGACCUCACGUAUAACUUGCGGGAAGGAUAUGAAGCAGAGCAAGAGUCUGAUGGGAACGGUCACCCAUCUCUCACGUUACCUUCCAUAUCAGAAGAUGACGAGAAUGCUGCUGAGGAUACAGCAUUAUCGCCAAAGAAACCAACAUCGAGCGCUAACAGUCCACGACAUGCAAAAUUCAGGUCAGACGGACAACAACGUCUGUCCCAUCGGGAAUUACGAGAGCGGAUAGAGCGGCAGCGGUCGGUGGCUACGCCCAAAAUCACCAGAUCAGACUCUUUGGAAGGCCUUAACCUGGAGAUGCACAACACACGGUCUUCAGUCGAAAGACUCGACACCCAAGUUUCGAGCUUACAUCAUGACGUUGCAGCUCUUAGUAUGGAGGUCCGCAGCGCUAUUCAAGCCUUACAAGAAAUGGCAGGUCCAUCGGGAUGGCAUUCUGCACAUUCUAACCCUAACCUACAGUGGCAUGCACCGCUGAACCAACUAGCCCGAAGCUGCAGUCACCCUCCUGAUGUCUUCUGUUGGGAUCAGCAAGAACGUCCAGUAACUCCAGAAAGGCCAAAAGCUCACCGUGGCACACAAACUGAACCAUUCCUGCAUUGCGUGACACAGUAUAUUAUGGAGCAUCCGGCCACUGUAAUGCUUCUUUUAGGAUUAGAUCCAAUGGCCAAUCUUGCACCUGUCAUGCAACCGACUGUCGAUUACUAUGACCAUCGGAGUCGAAGACCUAGUGUGCUCGAACAAAUCGUGGAAUCGGAGAACGGAAGCCAGACUCCGUCGAGUACAAGCAGUGACAAAUUUGAGACUGUAAGGAGCCUCAGUGGAAGCGCUAAAGAACUAAAUAUCCCACUUGAGGCGAAGAGGCUGCUGGAAAAAGAAUACAAGCCUAAUUUAAAGAGGAAUAGGUAUUCUGCAAGUGAUAUCUGUGAAGCCAGCGAGCCCCUUCUCAAAUCGUCACACCCUAGUACGCGUAGCCUCAAGUUUAACAUCAACAGCUAAGUGAUAAUUCCAUUUUUCUUGUUAAAACAUUCUGCUCAUUAGUCAUUAGAUACUAUAAGUUAUUUUCUAGUGUUAAGAGAAACAGAUUCUAUUUAUAAGAUUUUUCAGUAUGACUGUCUAGUUAAAUUCUUUUUGUAUAUUUAUGAUAGUUGAUACUUGUUAUUCUUGUAAACAAUAAAGGGUUUAGCCGGAUACGUAUGACGAGUCGGCCCCCAAAUGGGAAUCGAUAUUGAAACUUAUGUUUUAAUAUCGACUUGAUGUUCAAACACGAUUUAUGUACUUUUCGCGACCGACUUCCGCUUUGACCUUGAGAUAGAGAGCAAAAUGUCCGUAUGCUUGACUAUUACUGAAUGUGAUAUAUCUCUAAAGCUAAUUAAGAUAAAGAAGUGAAACUAACGCGAGGUGUUAGGUUACAUUACAGAGUAUAUCACAUAUAUUUUUUUAUAAUUUUUAGAAUAAAAAAUUACAU